UCGAUAUCGAAGAAAUGAGGACGGUUCAUUUGCUCGUGUUGUUCGUGCUCUUCGCGACGUCUCAUGCUCAAGAAGAUGGCUCCACGGCUACAGAAGGAGCUCUUGAAGUGGCAGAUGAGGAUACAUCGACUACUCAGACAUCGGGUACAGUAACCCUGUCGCCAGCGGAAUUCGAGGAAGAAGAGAAGAAGUUUGUUGAGAAAUUGAAUGAGUAUCGUCGGGAGGUUGCGAAGAAGAUGAAAAUUGCGAAUAUGAAUGAAUUGACUGUUGGAGCUGGCGAUAAAUCAGAUUAUUCUAUUAAUAGUAAGAUCCCCACGUUCGAUGAAAUUCUGAAGAUAUAUGAGAAUCGAGCGGAAAAAAUAAUUGAUAAGGCAACACAAGGAAAUACAAAGCUUUGCGAGAAUGACCCGUAUUGUUAUGGACAACGAAUUCUGAAUCCCGGACAAAAAACUAUCAAAUGCAAAUAUGAAUGCAAGGAAGAGGGCGCUGGAGAUGAUUGUGCGGAUUACAAGUUGAUUUGUAACCUCUAUCCGUUGCCCGAAUCGGCUGACUUGUGGUGGAAUAAGCAAACCAAUGGAGAAGCUGGCUCAGCGUGCGAUGCUGAUCGUCACGCUGACAAUGGUCUCUGUGCAGACGGUGCUCCAACGACCACUACAACGACUACAGUGAAGCCACCGACUACUGCUCCAGCUGUGCAGUCGAAUUCUAGAGAUGUGGGAGAACUCUCAACUUCUGCCACUAAUAACUAUCUUCUGCUUAUUCUUCUUCCAACUUUUGUGGCUUUUUAUUGAAACGAAAUGAAUAAAUUCGGAUUUUCUUG